GGUGGUCAUCCUGCACGACACGCAGUAAUGGCACAUGUGUUGUCAACAUUAAUCUUCACUAUUUAAUGACUGUAGUUGCACCUAAUGUUCUAAACACACACAGGGGAGAAAUCAAGUAGGACUCUCCCACUCAGCCAAUAUAAAGAAAAUGCUGAGGACGAUUGUGCUCCUGGUGGCUGCCGUGACCCUUGCUGAAGGAUUUCAGCCUCCUUCAGUCGGUGGGAUCUUUGAGGACAAAAAGCCCAAAGGCAGUAGGCCAGAUGUGAAACCCAUUAAGGUGGUACCAACAGGAACCAUGACCAUCAAAUACGAGAAUGAGUCAUAUGAUGUGUCGGCAGAAUCUUUCCAGACGUUGGCCAAAGUAUUCGGUUUGUUCUUUGAUAAGAAUCACGAUGGAAUAUUUGAGGCAUUGCCGGAGGGCCUGGCUGUUUACGGUGAAGUGGACAAGGACGGUAAUAACGGGCUCUCCCCCGAGGAAAUAGCAGCAAGCCCCCUCGUCAACUGGAAGGACAAUAUGGCCACAGACGAGAACGGCCUGGUAACUGACGUGGAGUUUUUCAAGCUCAUCGGCAAAUUCGAUCUGAAUAAAGACGGCAGUGCCACCUUACCAGAGAUAAUCAUAUACACAGCGGGAAAGAAAGUGGAAACACCCUGACAAGCCUCAGCUUUCAUUCCUGGAUUUAAGGAUAUAUGAAAUAAAUUUUUAGACAUAUCAA